CUUAAGAAAUCGGGUCAGAGCUCCGUCGGCUAAUACUUCCGCUCUCCGACGUCUCCGUCCUCACCCUCCGUCGAUGUCGCUGCAGCUCGCCGUACCUUAACCUCGCUGUAUCAGUCCGUCCGCCGGUCAAUAUUCUCCGAUUCGGCGGCAUUUCUGUCUCUGCUACGCCGAAUUCAACGUUGCCAGGUUACAAGAUGAUAGGCUCCAUUCUCAUAAAAGGACUUACGAUGGCUUUUGGGUAUGUUUAUCCUGCAUAUGAGUGCUACAAAACUGUUGAAAAGAAUAAGCCAGAAAUUGAGCAGCUCCGCUUUUGGUGCCAGUACUGGAUUCUGGUUGCCAUCUUGACUGUAUGUGAACGGAUUGGUGAUGCUUUUGUUUCAUGGAUUCCAAUGUACAGUGAAGCUAAGCUAGCUUUUAUCAUUUAUCUUUGGUAUCCCAAAACAAAGGGGGCAACAUAUGUAUAUGACGCCUUCUUUAGGCCAUAUGUUGCAAAGCAUGAGAAUGACAUUGAUCACAACCUGUCUGAACUCAAGACCAGGGCUGGAGAUAUUACUGCGUUGACCUGGCAAAGAGCAAUGAGUUAUGGCCAGACGAGAGUUUUCGAGAUUCUGCAGUACAUUGCAUCACAGUCAACCCCUCCUCCUCGCCCUGCCCAGCCACAACAGCAAAUUCGAAGGGCUCACCCAUCGACUCCUGCCCUAGAUCAUCAAGAGUCUGUGAGAUCGCAGCCACCAAAUGAGGAACCGCCUUCUCCUACAUCCAGUGCAGCAUCGAACCACAACCAAAAGGAUGGUACAGAGCUGAUAGGUCCUGCAAAUGCGCCGCAAGCAGCUCCUGCUGUCCCUAGCCUUAGCACUUCAAAGGCGGGCACUUCAUCAGAAAACCCUUACCGCUCUGUUCCAACCGAAGCUCAGGCUAUGGAGAGUGAAGACGUGGCAGCAAUGGACUAUGAGAUUGUCGAUUCUCCACCGGCAGAGAUAAUGUUGGAAGAGAAUGAAGCGUUGAGUUCCCUGCGCAGCAGACCGAAGAGAGACAGUGCGCCAAAGCAAUAGUGAUCUGGGAAAUGUGUUUUCAUGCUCAUUCUUCCGGACUUAUAACCUAACUCAUAGAUGGGUGAAAAAACCAUACUGAAUCACUUAUGCGAUCAUGUAUAUUCGGAAAAGUCUUCUGCUUAUCGCAAUGUAUGUAAACUUGCAGCUAAUAGUCGGGUAGGAUAUUUCCAUUCGAAUUUCAAUUAAUCAAAACUUGUUCCACAUAUAGCAGCACGACUAGAGCCCAAUUCGUAUUUGCCCCAGCAUGUUUCGUUAUAGUUGGAAGCUGAAAUGGAUUUUUCUCAUC